GCCGAGCCAAGAAAAGGAAGGGUUGUCAGGACAUGUGUUAAGAUUAUGUAGCAGAAGUGAAGGAAACAUAAUGAACUAAUGUACGGAGGAAAAUUAUCACAUUGCUGGAAACAUGCCAUAAAUCUAAUAGCUGAAAUAACGAUAUCCACAAGGAUUACAACGGUCAGGAAAAUAGUUUCCAGGCAUUACCGUCCAUCGUGAUAGAACUGCUUGCUUUGCCUUAAAUCUGGAUAAACCCCUUUUUGGCAGUCCAAGUACAGUUUAAUAGAAUCAGAGAAAAUCAGUUGAUGUCAGCAUGGAUUCUGGAAUUGCGGUUAUGACAUCCUCCUCCAGUUAUUUUCUUCAUUGAAAAAGCAAUUCGCGAAGAAUCAACAGGAUGCUUUCUGAUGAAUCCGCACACACCCCUGUGUUCAACCGAUCCAUCUCCGAGACUUCCAUGGACAACUCAUCAAUGGAAGAUUUCUGGUGUGAACUCAAGAACAUCAAAGAGAACAGCGAGAAUGGGUCAGACGACAGUCUGCUCGUGGAUGUAAAGCCUGUGGAUGAUGGUGAGCUAGAGGCAGAAUGGCUACAAGAGGCAGGCUUGUCCAACCUAAUUUCUGGUACUCAGGGACACGAUGGUCAGGCUUUACUCUCCACAUUAACUCGUACCCAGGCAGCUGCAGUGCAAAAAAGAUACAAUUCUUACACUCAGACUAUGAGGAAAAAGAACAAACAUUCAGUAAGGGAUGUGCGGGAUAUCUUUGGAAUUCAUGAAACUACACCCACAUUUGAAGCUAUACCCGUGUCCCCUCUUGCAACGAAUGGGAUUCAGAUGCCCAUGAAAAAACCCAUAAGGAAACCUAUCCCUUCUAACAGCUGCACUUUAGAAAAAAUUAACCCUGCGGUAGCAGAAGAACUGUCUUUUGAGGUGUCAUUCUCAGAGUCCAUCGUUAUAAAUGAUAAAGAGAAACAGACGAACCAAAAAAUUAAAAAGGAUGACUGUAUUUUACCUAAAUUCAUUGUUUGGAAAAGCAGAUUUGGGCUCACUGAAGUUGAAGAUUUAUCUCUUGAAGACAUGAAGAAAAUACGUUAUCUCUCCCUAAUCGAAUUAACAGCCUUUUAUGAUGCUUUAGGGAUUGAAUUAAAGAGAAAUAGAGUUCUACGUGUUAAAGGAAGAGAAAAUGGCCUUUUCGGAGUACCUUUGACAACAUUAUUAGAAAAUGAUCAAAAGAAAGUGCCUGGUACAAAGGUCCCCUUGAUCUUUCAAAAAUUAUUGCAGCGACUUGAGGAAACAGGUCUAGAGACUGAAGGAAUACUGCGAGUUCCAGGCUCUGCCUCUCGGGUUAAGAGUCUUCGUGAAGAAUUGGAAUUAAAAUUUUACAAUAACACUUUUGACUGGAAGAAAGUUCGAAACACGGAUGCUGCCUGUCUUCUAAAAAUGUUCAUAAGGGAAUUGCCCACACCUCUGUUUACAAUGGAGUAUCUCCCUGCCUUCAUUGCUUUAGUAGAAAAAAUCUCCAAGAUCAAAUUGCAGCUGCAGGCUCUACAUCUAUUAAUCAUGCUUCUGCCAGAUGCCAACCGAGAUACUGCCAAGGCUUUACUGCACUUCCUUAAAAAAGUUGUGUCAAAUGAAGUAAAAAACAAAAUGAGUUUGUGGAACGUAUCAAUGAUCCUUGCACCAAACCUGUUUAUUUACAAAGGCAAAAGUCCCAGCCAAGAAGAGAUGAAGGCGGCAGCAUCUACUGCACACAUUGUCCGAAUUUUAAUUAGGUACCAGGACAUUUUAUGGACGGUUCCAGCCUUUCUGAUCUCGCAAGUACGGAAAAUGAAUGAGGCGGCGUUGAACAAUAACAAGAAACAGCUUAUUUUCGAUAAGAGCGUAAGGAAAUUAUUAAGGAGAAAGACUAUGGAGCGUGAAAGGCCUGAAAGAAGAGAGCACUGUGAUGUACCUGAAGGAGUGAUAAGAGUCUAUGCUCCAUUGCACUCAAAGGUUUCCAUGGCAAUCCAGCUGAACACUCGGACAAAAGCCAAAGACAUCCUGGCGCGGUUUCAGUGUGAAAACAGCCGUGGCACUUCUGAUAAAUCACUCAACCAAAGUUUAUAUGAAAUUGGAGGAAACAUAGGUGAACACUGCUUAGACCCAGACACCUAUAUGCUGGAUGUAUAUCAUGUAAAUCCUAAUGCAGAAUGGAUAUUAAAACCCAAAAACAGCUGAGAACUAUGGAUUGUGCAGCAAUUCCUUCAUCUUCAAGCCACACUGAUGGAAUGUAUUGGACUGAGGGCAGUACCGGUGCUAUGUACUAUGACUGACAUUGCUUGAGAUGAUAGACUAUGAAGACAUGGGUACUUUGGAAAGUGAACACUAAAUCUGUGGAGAAAAUAUGUGGCCCUUGAAUGAGCAUAUUAUUUUUGCUCUUAGUGGAAUAUAAUUUAUGCAAUUUUUUUUUUAAGUAAAACAUUUAACGGCCAUUCUAAGCUGAAUGUACCUGCUCUCGUCAGAUUGCAGCUCAAGACCUGGCAAGUACCAGCUUGGGAGUCUGACUGGGAGUCCUUGGUUCUGUUGACUAAGUAAAACACUACCAGAAUGCUGGGGCUGUCAGAUCCGAUCCUCAGUCCUUACUGACUGUCCCUUCUACAAGUAUUAUUGUUGACAUUGAUGUAAUGUUGGCCUUUUUACUGCUGGACAGACAUUGAACCCUUUCAUGGGUCACAUUGAUGCAUUUAGAAACUCUUUAUAUUGUGACAUGAAUGCUUUACUCAGCAUCUCAGAAGAAAUCUUGACUAUAACUGUUGUACGUCCUUUUGUAUAGGAACCACUACUUUUGUACAGUUACAUUUUAUAUCUAUUUGUAGAUAUUCCAUAAUGUUUGUUUUUUUUGUAUUUUUUAAACAUUUCCUCUGCACAUAUGGUAACAUAUGUCAACCAUCUGUCAUUACUUCAGUAUUCACAUAAUAUGUUUUUAACAUUCACAAUAGUGGGUGCCUCUUCCAUAGGCCAUGAGUGUUUCUGCCAGGGGAUAUGUUGUAAAUUGAAAUAUCCAGGCACCUUGCCAACUGGCAUGUAUGUUUUAGACUUGUGUUGAAACGAUUCUUGCGUGACUUGUUUAUUUUAAUUGUGGAAUGCAUUAUUAUUGCAGGUUUGUAUGAAAAUGAAUUCACAUGUAUAAGCAUAACUUAUAUAAAUCCAGUGUUCAAUAGAAAGGUGCUGCAUUGUGUCAUAAUAUACAGAGAGGCACCUAACCCUUCGGGAGAAUAGACUUUGGUCAUUGGUUUUCUUAUUUUGCUCAUAUUCCUCACAGCUGCCAUUAUAAAAGGGACUUAAAUGAGAAAUUCAUUGAAAAUCAUCGAAUGUCAUGGAAACUUACAGUGCAUUCAAAAAGUCUUCAGACCUUCUCACUUUUUUCACAUUUUGUUAUGUUGUGGCCUUGUACUAAAAUAAAAUAAAAAUCAAGUUUUUCCUCAUCAUUCUGCACUCAUUAUCCCAAAAU